AAUGAGGGACAAAGAGGGGCGGCUCUUCUCAGACCCACCCAUCAUCCCUCCCGCGAUUCCCCUAAGGUCGUUUCCCCCACCCUUUUCCCCCUUCUCGGCCGCCUCCUCCUCCUCCUCCUCUCUCUUUCUUCCCCGCGUCCGCCUCUCCGAUUGAUCACCGCCCCGCUCCGGAGAAGGACACGCUUCUCCUUCGACGAUCUUGCCCUCCGUUUCAGGCAUCCGUCUAUCGCUUCUCUUUGUUAUUCGAGGCGUCCGCUUUAAAUUUCGAGUUUUCCAGUUGGAUCGUUCGAUUCAAGACGGAGAUCGGCGAGCCGGUGUUUCUUGAAGGUAGUUGGUCGGCUUGUUGGAGUAUUUCUUAGUUCUUUUGGAUUCCUGAUUUGGAGUCUGGAAUUAGGGUUUUGAGGGUUUCUUGGAGAUGCCACGGAGCUCUCGGCACAGAUCCCAUAGGGCGCACAAGCACAAGGAGGAGAGAGAUCAGUCUGACUCCGAUAAGGAUGUGUACUCGAGAGAGAGGAAGCCGAGGGAGGAAGAGCCUGCCGCCAGCUCGGGAGCUAGGGUUUCUAGAGAUCUGGAGCUGGAGAGGCGGAAAUCCUCGCGUUCGUCUCAGGGGAAAGAGUUGAUUGGUUCCAGCAAUGGUGAUAUCUCGGGGGAGCAUGGAAGGAAAAGGAAAGAACGGGAGGAGGAGGUGGCGGUUUCUGAUCGGUGGAAUGGGGGAGGAGAUGAUGAUCUUGUAGUUGAUAAGAAGUUCAAAGAGGAGGAAUUUGGGCCGGUGGACUUGAAUAAAAGCUCAAAAUCGAAGUUAUUGGCGUCUGAUUCAAAGGGCAGGUCGAGUAGAAGGCGUGAGGGUUCAGUUGGGAGGAAUGAGGACAGUGGAGGGAAGGUUGAUUCGGCAAAACAGAGGCCGGAGAAGGAUUCAAGCUGGAGAGAGAGUGAUAGUCAGUAUAAGGAGACAAAGGACAAGGGCAGAGGGCGGGCAUCUGACAGGGAUAAGAAAACCCAAGAUUCCAGGCAUGCAAGGUCUGAUGAUGUGGUGAGUAGAAAGCAUAGCUCUAAAACAGGCAGCACCGAAGAAGAACAUGCAGCAAAGAAGGAUACAGAAAAUAGUGAAUGGCAAGCACAGCAUGAGUUGCAGAAUCCUGAUUUUGAAAAGGAGCUUGAGAAACAUGUUAGGAGAAGGAGAGAUGACUCUGAAGAUAAAGAUAAAUGGAUGGGUGAUGCAAGAGAAAGUGAUAAUAGGAGUGAUAGGAGACUAUCUGCUAGAGGUGAUCAUACUAAAAAUAAAAGCUACAGAGAUGAAAGGCAUGAAGAUGGAAAGUAUAGAGAUAAAUACAGGGUUGAUGUUGACAGGGACCAAAAACACCGGGAUGACAAGCGCGAAGAUGAACGCUCCUCUUGGGAUCGUAUUGGUGAGAGGUCUGAGAAUAAGCAUUAUAGAGAUGAAAACAUUCCCUCUGAGAGUCAUUAUAAAAAAAGUAAGCUUCAGCACAAUGAUCAUGAUGGCAGCCCUUAUGUUGAUGAUCGUGAUACCAAGCUUAAUAGUGGAAGCAAGAGGUUCUCUGAGGGGUCCGAGGAUCAUUGUGAUUUGAAGAUUCGAAGUGCAAAGGAACCACAUGAAGAUGCGGAAAAAAAAUUUCCUAGUAGAAUUGAUUCCCGUAUUGAGAAAUCUAGGUCGGAGCAUCGACAUUUAGAAAAGGUUGAUUCUAGUCCAAAUAAUAACCGACCAAAGAGCUCUGCCAGCUCGAGUGCUUAUGCUGUCAAAGAUUAUAGCAGGCAUAAAUCAAAGCAAGCAGAUUCUGCAUGCAGACAAUCACCAUCUGAAGAGAGAAUUCACCGUAGUACCGCUUCUACAGGGGAUUGUCCAACUGCUACCAGAGAUCGUGAGAGAGCUUCUGAUUCUCGUUCAUCUGAUAAGUUUAAACCAAAAGAUCGCGUCCAUUUUAUGGAAACCGCUGCUGCUUCUCAGUAUGAUAAGAAUCCAAGAUCUGAUGCUUAUACUUCAACAAAUAAGUUAAGAGAAAAAUCUCCAUCUACUAGUGAGAGACGAUUUCCAGAUAGAACCAGUGCUAGACAAAGUUUUGGUAAUGAAGUAGGACCAAAACGCUGCAGUUCCAGAGCUGGAGAUAGAGAAUUGCCUCUGGAGAGACCAAUUCUGGAUGAUCAAUCUCAGACUGAGCUUUGCAAUAGGGAGCCCACUCCAGGUGGUUCAUCAUCUAUUAACCGAACUGGUCCCUUCUCUGGCAGUUCACCUAAUCACCUCCUGCCUCCCCCACCUAUCAGGCUUGGAAUUGACAGUCCAGUUUUGGGCUCAUAUGAAGAUGAUAAUAGAGUCCAGGUUGGUGAUCGCAAAUCCUAUAACCGUCAAAGAAGGAGCAGUGACAUCGGUUUGGGAAGAGGUCAUGGAAAUGCUUGGAAAAGUGGCCCAGCCUGGCCUUCUCCUGUAGCCAAUGGUUUCAUGCCUCUCCAACAUGGUCCGCCUCCUGCUGGAUUUCAUCCAGCUAUGCAGCACUUUCCUGGUCCUCCUUUAUUUGGUGUUAGACCAUCAAUGGAUUUGAGCCAUACUGGGAUUUCUUAUCACAUGCAUGAAGUGUCUGACAGGUUCAGUGGCCAUGGCCGCCCAUUUGGAUGGCAUAAUCCAGUUGAUGGAUCAUGCCCUCCUCACUUGCAAGUGUGGAAUGGUAGUAAUGGUGUAUUUGGUGAUGAAUCCCAUAUGUAUGGAAGGUCAGAAUGGGAUCAGAAUAGACAUAUAGUAGGUAGCCGAGGGUGGGAGAUGAAUGCUGAUAUGUGGAAGGGACAAAAUGGUAACAUCAAUGAGGAUUUUCCUGUACCUCGGAAGGAACCAGAACCUUCAACACAUGCUCUUGCGGAUGAAGCUUGGGUUCAGCAACCUAGCCAGUGCUCAUCCAGUGAACGGGCCAGAACAGAACAUCUGCCUUCUGAAGGUAUUGAUGCAAAGCGCUCAAGUGAUGCACCUUCAGCAAAAAAUGCUGUUGAAAGUCCUCCAAAAACUAUACAGAAGAAGAUACCUGAGUCUUCUAAAACACCAGGGGAUGAUAAUGCCAACCUUUGUGCCAAGUACCUGUCCAGGAUUGACAUCUCGCUUGAUCUUGCGGAUCCAGAGUUGUACAAAAAGUGCAUGUCUCUAUUGGGGAAACUGGAGAUAACUGAUGCAUACGAUAAAUCUAAACAUGAACACUCUCAGAAUAAUAAAGAAGAUAUUAGAGGGAGAAGACAAGGUGCAAGUCACAUCUUCAGCUCACUCUUUCCCACAACAAAAGAUGCUAUUUUUCAGAGAGCCAUGUCCCUGUAUAAGCAGCAGAAUGAAAGAUCAAAAGUGACUUUCCCUGCAUCACCACCUGUCUGUUCAGAAAACACGGCUCCAGCAAAUGAAUUAAAGGAUGUGCUUGGUGAUGCUGGUGUUCCUAAUGGUGCCAGUUCUGCGAGUAUUAUGGAAGAAGCAAAGAACACAGCUGCAAAUGCUGAUGGUGCUACUUCUGCUAGUAACAUGGAAGAGGUGAAGAACACGACUACUGAUGCUGUUGGUGCCAAUUUUGCCAGUAACAUGGAAGAGGUGAAGGACAGAAUUGCUGAUGCCAGUGGCGCCAGUUCUGCUAGUGACAUGGAAGUAGCAAAGAACACAAUGACUGACGCCGAUGUUCAUCCUGGUGAUGCCAACGAACAACAAUCUAAUUUUGUUUCUGAUGCUGUAGUUUUUGCCAAUGGCUCUCCAACUUGUGAGGCUUUAAAGGCAGAGUGUAGGGUAAAUUUAAGUUGGAUACAUAAUUCUCCUGGAAGUACACAUUGAAACAUUUUCUAUUUGCUUUCCUAAUGCCAUCAGGGUCGUGGCCCCUUCUAUGCUUGUUUUU